ACAAGUAUUUUGGUAGAAUCAUCGCGGUAUCAUCUUUGUCGCCGUCGUCUUUGUCGUCGUCAUCGUGCAAACUAAGAGCCUGGUGUUUGCCGAAAGAUUGCGCGCAACAGUGUUGAUUUUCCCCAACUACCAAUAAGAAGAACAUAGCGAACCACUCUAUAUCUCUGUGUUGAAAGCGGCACGCAAGUAUAUACUUAUACACAGUGUCUUCUCUCGCUUCGCGACAACCUAUUCGAAGCAGGGGAUCCUCCAAUCGGAAAUUGCAGAAACUUGGUAUUUGCUUCUACAUCUUCUUUAGCGUUCGUAUUCGAGAUUCAGGAAUAACGAACUAACGGAUAUAUCGUUUCCGUAUCGUGUCGCGUGUGCGUAGAGCGCGUGUCAAGCGUGCAAUGAACGGCAACGGCAGACCUCAUGGAGAGAACAGAGGACGAAAUGGCCACGUGCUUGUGUGGGAACAACCUGGCCUGGAGGAAGAGGAGUCACCUGCGCGAAUACGUAAAACAUUGGUGGGGUCGCGUCACAUAGUGACACUGAUGUUGUUCUUCGGUAUGGCGAAUGCUUAUGUGAUGAGAACGAAUAUGUCUGUGGCGAUCGUCGCAAUGGUCAAUCACACCUCCAUCACGGUGAGCAAGGAACCUGUGAAGAACGAGUGCGGGCACGAGAAUGCGAACAAUGAUUUUUCCACCUUAGCCAACCAUGACGGAGAGUUUCAUUGGGACAGCACCAUGCAGGGUUACUUGCUCAGCUCGUUCUUCUACGGUUACGUCAUCACGCAAAUACCAUUCGGAAUACUCGCGAAACGUUACGGAUCGAAAUACUUUCUUGGCAUCGGUAUGCUGAUCAAUUCGAUGUUUGGACUGCUGGUCCCUGUGUCCGCACGUGCCGGUUACCAUUGGCUGAUGAUCGUUCGAUUUAUUCAAGGUUUGGGCGAGGGUCCUAUUGUGCCUUGCACACACGCGAUGCUGGCCAAGUGGAUACCGCCUAAUGAACGUAGUAGAAUGGGAGCCUUCGUAUACGCUGGCGCUCAGUUCGGUACUGUUAUUUCAAUGCCUUUGAGCGGUGUCCUGUCACGGCAUGGAUUCGAUGGCGGCUGGCCCUCCAUCUUUUACGUAUUCGGCGCCGUUGGCACCAUCUGGUGUAUAGCAUUUCUACUCAUGAUCUACGAGGACCCGGAAAGCCAUCCUCGUAUAGCCGAAGACGAGAAGAAGUACAUCCUGAGUGCCUUGUGGGGCAACGCCGGAGCCUCUUCUCCACCAGUGCCAUGGUUUUCGAUCGUUACAUCGUUACCGUUCUGGGCCAUCCUUAUAGCACACAUGGGUCAAAAUUACGGAUACGAAACGUUGAUGACCGAGCUACCGACAUUCAUGAAACAAAUCUUGAACUUCGACAUCGAAUCGAACGGCACCGUUUCCGCCCUUCCUUACCUAGCCAUGUGGAUAUUCUCGAUGUUGAUCUCUCACGUGGCCGACUGGAUGAUCUCCAGCGGAAAAUUCAAUCACACGUUCACGCGAAAAAUCGUGAACAGUAUAGGUCAGUUCGGGCCAGCGAUCGCCCUAGCGGCCGCCUCCUAUACGGGAUGCAAUUCCUGGUUGACGGUCACCAUUCUCACGAUCGGCGUAGGAUUGAACGGUGGUAUCUAUUCCGGAUUCAAAGUAAAUCAUUUAGAUAUCUCGCCGAGAUUUGCCGGCAUCUUGAUGUCCUUUACCAAUUGCUUGGCCAACUUGGCCGGUUUAUUGGCGCCUAUCACGGCCGGAUACAUAAUCGUUGGACCGCCAACUCAUGCUAAAUGGAGGCUCGUCUUCAUGAUCUCGGCCGGCGUUUACAUCGCCUGUGCCACGUUUUACGUGAUAUUCGGCUCGGGACAACGGCAACCCUGGGACAAUCCUGACAAGGACGAAGAGAGGCAACACGAGAAACAAGACUUGCGAUGCGUUAAAACUGUUUCCGAAACGCAGCAUUGACGAGAUAGCACGCGCUAGUUAUCUUCCCGCGCCCUCCUCCACGUGUUUUUCAUUCUGCGUCAAUCUCAUUAACUUUUUUCAUUUUUUCAACACGACCGUGCUGAAGAAGAAUCCGUUUUCGAUUGUCUCCUUCGCUUCUUCUCUCCUCCGUCGAUCGCGUAUUGUUGUUCGUCUCGGUCGGUAAUCUCGAAUGAUUAGAAUUUGAUUUGGUGAAAAAACGUUGAUGAAAAAAGAAUCGUCAGGAGUCGUGUUGUACAUGAAUCCUUGAACGUUAGACGAAAUCCUAGAUGCGAGAAAGAAGAAACGAACGCGAAUAUUAUAUUUCGAGCAAAUUGCACUCGCAACAAGAAUCGUUCUAAUUUCUUUCUCCUUUUUUUUUUUUUUUUUUUUU